GGCGGAGGCGGGCUCCGAGCUUGGCGCCGCGUCCUCUGCGGUCCCUGCUGCGGCGUGGUGGGCGGCAUGUCUGCCUCGGGAGGGAAGGCGUGUGGGGACACGGGGCAAGAGAGCGGCACUGCUGCGGCCGGUUCUUUCAGCUUCAGCCCGGAGCCCACGCUCGAGGACAUCCGUCGCCUCCAUGCUGAAUUUACUGCUGAACGAGACUGGGAACAGUUCCAACAGCCUCGGAACCUUCUCCUGGCCCUGGUGGGGGAAGUGGGGGAGCUGGCAGAGCUUUUUCAGUGGAAGCCUGAUGAGGAGCCAGGCCCCCAAGCUUGGCCCCCCCGGGAUCGGGCAGCCCUUCAAGAGGAACUUAGUGACGUCCUCAUUUACCUGGUGGCACUAGCAGCCCGCUGCCGUGUGGAUCUGCCCCAGGCAGUGCUCGCCAAGAUGGACAUCAACCGGCGCCACUACCCAGUGCAUCUGUCCCGAGGCUCCGCCCGCAAGUACACGGACUUGCCCCUUGAGGCCACAUCUGAAGACCAGACCGUGGGGCCUGCACACCAGUCGUCAACCUAGAACAUGGGCACGGACCCUCUGAUUAAGCAUGGCACCCAAGGAGCGGAGGGUACCUGGCCAUGGAACUUCCUUCUAGUCCUUUCUUUCUUAAUAGAUUGGGGGGCCCCAACCUUUCUGAGAUCCCAACACUUUCCAGAAGUCAAUAAACCUUUUUCUCAGUAGAAGUUGUAGUUAACAACUUCUAGAUUCUUCAGAGUUGGGGGUCGGGAGGCAGGGGAGACUCAGAAGUUGCUCAAGAGGAGCCAGCGAUGCCUCUGAGCCCUGAUUCCUGUGUUCCUGUUGGUGGUACCUCCCUCCUGUAGAACAGAGAAACCCGACUGCUAGCGAUUUCUAGCAAUUUCCCUCUAAGGUUUCACACAGUUUCCUCCCCUGUUCUUAGCCUCAAAAGAAGCUCAAGGACUACAUGCUGUGUUGGUUAAGAACUCAGAUUCCGGGGCCAGGGCAUGGAUUGAAGAGCUAGAGCACUUGCUUUGCAUGUGGGAGUCCCAAACACCACCAGCUGUGCUCCCAACACCCACCCCAAAAAUCUAAAUUUGAGAUCCAGGAUUGUUUAGGAGCAUUU